GAAUCCUAACCAUUUAUCGCUAUCCCAAGGCCAGACUCACAGUUGCGUCAGAGCGGAUGGACGAGGGACGGCGAACAUGUGUAGGUGUGCAGUCGUCAUCGUUUUAACCGUCUUUGUGACCAUGCCCAAAGCUGCAAUACCGAGAGGAUACAUAGUGCAGGUGACCCCCUCGUGUGGCAGCGAUGGCAUCUCGGACGCGCUAGUGACGGUUAUAACUGAUCUUCAAGCUGAAGCCUGGGGCAAGUGUUCGGGGGCUACGUCGGUACCGUUCACCAGUUCCGAUGGAGUCCACUUCACCCUACCAGUCUCCUACCCACAAGGGUCGUCCCUCUGCAAGUUCAAUGAACUUGGCAACUCGACAAAGGGGUACACAAUGAAGGUGAUCGUUUCUUAUGGUGAAUCCAGCAACCCUCUCCAUCAAGUAGAGGAAGAGUACCGAGUCACGUGUACAUUUGGAAGCAGUGGCCAGAGUGGCAGCAAACAACACCGCAUUGGUGACAGCCUUAUCGCGCCAUCCGUCCUGAAGAACAACGUGGGUCCUGGGUCCAAGGCAAAGGUAAAUCUUGUGGUGAGCAGUGUGACCGGGGGCGACCUCUCAGCUACACCCCUCAAGCUGGGCAGGAUAGUCACCCUCGCUGCUACUGCCACCACGAGCGGAAGUGAAGUUGGCGUCCGGCCGACGUCGUGUGACGCCAUCAGCGGUCAGCGCCGUUACGCCAUUCUGAGAGCAGGAUGCGGAGAUGGAAUCGUGUUCAACACAACUGAUGGUUUUGUGACUAAAGGCCUGACCACCAGGAGUCCCUACUUUCAAACAUUCGCCAUGGGAGGGGACCGCAGCAUGAAUUUCGAAUGUAACUUCACACUGUGCAGCAACAACUGUGACGGGAGUUCCUGCAUCAAUGGAAGAAAACGACGAUAUCUACUGGUUGAAUCAAACAAAGAAGACAACUUGUUCGAAUUGAUGGCACAGUCCAUCCCGAUGACGCGGCCGAGCGUUGGUAAGGAGCCACAGCAUCACCCAAAAGACGUUCGAAAAGACACUGUCAGAAGGUCUCUGUUGAGCAAACGCUGAGAAUUGUUUAUUUUACAACACGUUAAUUUGUUGUUUUGGUAAUAAAAUGAAAGUUACAAUU